AUGUGGGGGCAAAACCAGCGCCAGGCAGCGGCGCUGCUGCUCAUUUCUUCUUUACUUUUCUUCAACUCCGAAGUCUCUGCGGGCGUCAAAGUUCAGCAGCAGCAGCAGCAGCAGCAAAGCAGCCCUUCCCCCUUGCAGAGAGCGCCUGCAGAGAGCUUUUCCGCGAUGGAUCAAACAGCAGCAGCAGCGCUAGAGAUGCUGCAGCUGCAGCAGCAGCAGCAGCAGCAGCAGCAGGAGCAGCAGGAAGCUGAAAAGUUGAAUUCAAACAACUUCCUGGCCACUGCAUCGCCACAUGCUGUCUCUACACUGCAAACAGAAAGUCAAAAUCCUUGGCUGUCGGGAGCUCUGAAGACAUUCAUAAGCAAGUUCAAUAUCCCGGUUGUUCACGGUUCUGGGGUGUACGUGGACCUCGGGAAAACGAGUUCCGGAUACCGCCAGCCGGGAGGACUCUGUCCAGUUUUUGGGAAAUAUAUUAAAAUUGAAAAGCAAAAUUCAAAUUACAAAACUUUUCUCGAAGACUUUCCAGUUUCGGGAUCUUCCGAAAGGCCUUUGCCCGGAGGAUUCAACUUGGCGUAUGUCACCAGCAGCGGACGCGCCUUUUCUCCGGUUGCCGAUUCUUUCCUCGUGGAUGCUUUUGGCUUGACGGGGCCAUCGGACCCGAUAUCUCGCUGCGCGAAGUACAGCUACUUGAUGGAGCCCCGGAAGCCAGGAACAAAUGGCACUUUUGAUUACAAGUUGCCUUUUGUUUACGACGCAGCAGCAAAAAGCUGCUUCGUGCUGCACGUCAGCAUGCAGAAGCUCACUGGCAGCAGAUAUUGCUCCUCGAACGGGACCCCCGCUGGCCUCUUUUGGCCCUGCUUCCGCCCCGCCAAAAGCGCCUCAGCUUCGACCCAUCUUGUCUAUGGCUCUGGGCAAAUGGGCGCAGACCCAGAGGCUUGGAAAAAGAAGUGCCCCUCGAGAGCCGUGAAGGACGCGGUGUUCGGACAGUGGGGGGUGGGGGGCUGCACGGCGUUGGCGGCGAACUCUUCGGGUGUACGUACACUGCAAGUUGCAUACAAAAGCAAAUGUUGGGAAACUCUUUUUGACUUCUCUGCUUCUGACGAAGCUGUUGCUUCCAACCCCGACAACUGGGACUCCAUUUGGCCUACGCUCGACAGCAGCGCCUCCGUCUCAGCGGGAGUUGGGCAAAACUACGCCAACUUCUUCCCCAGCAGCUCCGGGCCAGGGGGGACUUGUGUUAUUUUUGCUGCUGUACCCUCUUGCUUCCUGAGGGCCCCCGGGCACACAGCCUACACCUCAGUGGGUUCUUUGGCGGAGGAGGCCCUCCCGGACUCCGCGCCGGGGGGCCCCCCCUCUUCUGGGGGCGGGGGGGGCCCCCAGGAGCCCCAGGGGCCCCAGGAGCCCCAGCCGGGGGGCCCCGAACCCGAACCCAGCCCCGAACCCAGCCCCGAACCCGGAGAGCCCGGCAGCGGCGAAGGAGGGGGGGAAGAGGGGGAAACAAAUCCUCCAAAAGAGCCUCAAGAAGAGCCUUCCUUGCCGCCUGAAGAGGGGGGAGGUCAAGAAGAAAAACAAGAACAAGAAGGAGAAAAUAACAACUGGGCUAUUGCUGGAGGUGUUGUGGGGGGCCUAAUUUUGCUGGCAGCAGUAGCAGCGGGUGCUGUCUUCUACACAAAAAAACCCUCGAGCCAGGCCCAAGAUAGCCACGUGGUGAUUGUGGAAGAGCAUGGCACUGGCGGAGGGGCCGGAAGAACUCCUUCGGAGGCCAACGUCAGUUUGGAAGAGUCCUUUUGGAGAGGCGACGGGGAAGGCCUCAUAGACGCGAAUUACGACCAGCAGUAA